AUGGCGAACCUCUUCCAGGGCUCCAUUCGCCUCCAGAACACGCCCUGCAAUACAGACAUCGGCGACGCCGGCACCUGUCUCGCCGAAACCGACUGUCGCUCGCGCGGGGGAACCGGUUCCGGGCAGUGCGGCCGCAGUGGCCUCACGUGCUGUACCUUCAAGUUCACGUGUUCGGGAAAGACCUCUUCCAACGAGACCCUCUUCGUAAACCCGUCCUAUCCGUUGGGCGAGAACGGCACCAACACGUGUCAGGUGACCAUCCAGAACGCGCCCGACGUCUGCCAACUCAGACUAGACCUCGAGGAGUUCAGUCUCUCGCCGCCCGACGAAUACGGCAGAUGUACUAAAGACUCGUUUAUGGUGCGCACGACUGUCGGCGAACGACUGCCAAUGCUUUGCGGCGAAAACAAAGGCCAACACCUGUACGUGGAUAUGGGCCGCGGAUCCGGAAAUCCGGUCGUUCUGUCCGUCAUCACGAAUGACAUCGACUUCUCGCGCAAGUGGAAGAUCAAGAUCUCUCUGAUCCCGUGCAACAACUACGUGAUGGCGCCGUCCGGUUGUCUC